AUGGCAAAACAAAAUUGGCCAUUUACAGUGGGGAGACCCAAAGAUGUCCGGGAGGUGUUUUACAGUGCAAAAAUUCAUAAAAAUCCAUUGGAUAUAUCCCGGCCAAAUAAGUGGAAGCCACUUCCGUAUGAAGAAGAUAAGUCUAAGGUUCCGCUGGUAGUCUUUGGGGAAGGAAUGUUUGGAAAAAACCUGGUUAAGCUGAAGGGCAUGACUGGGGUUAUGUGGAGAUCAUUAAAAAAACGCGAAGCUGCAGGUGAAUUGAUCGCUAUCACGAUUGUCGAAUAUGAAACAUCCAAAGUAUACAGUCAAAGUUAUUUUGAUGACCUGAAGGUGAUUAAAACGCCUGGCUUUAAGGGUAGUAAAGUUCUUUGCUGCCAAAAAUGUGAAAAGGUGUGGCAAAGGGACGUGAAUGCUGCCAGAAAUAUGAUGAUAAUCUCAAAGGCGAUUUGGUUAGGCGAAGGAAGACCAGAGGUUUCUAAACUAAAAAAACUAAACAAUAAGCCUAAUAUGUUCUCAUUAUCGUAUCGCCGUAUCAAACAUGCUUUCCUUUCAAUUAAGGAUUAA